AGCUGGAAAAAAGCAGAGAUCGUAUUUAGGAGAUCCAUGGUGGUUGAAAUAACCGUUUCUCUUCUGAUAGGGAAACUGAAUAAUCUGCUUGCUGAAAGAGAUAUAAUCUGUCCAGGAUUAAGAAGCCAAGUCCGAAAGUAUAUUCAGGAGCUGGAACACUUACAGAGGUUUUUGAACAAAGGAUCUGGUAACGAACUAGCACUAGCCUCAUCCAUCUCGUUGCUUCCGAGUGUUUACUCAUCAGAGGAUAUGGUUGACAAGUUCCUCGUUAAAUUAUUUCGUAGAAGACGGAUAAGAAAUCAUGUUAUGAAGUUUCUCCCUUCUGCCUUGUUGUCUGCGUCGAUCCAAUUCUCUUUCACCAGACAGAUGCAGAAAUUUUUGAGCAAUGAUGCUACUAAAUUCUCAAUAAUGUUUAAGAUUGCUGAAGAUCAACGCCAACAAAACAAGACAGAAGAAGCAGAAGAAAAUGGCAGCCAGUCUCGAGAGCAACCCAAACGUUGGUCAAGAAUUGCUGAUUUUCUGAAGGAAUCAUAUAAUAUUGUUGGUCUAGAAGAUCAAAGGCAUGAUUUGGUUCAAUUACUCCUUAGCCGCCAUGGCCGCUGGUUGCCUUCCAUUGUUAUUGCAGUGGUUGGUGCAGCAGGCUCUGGAAAGACGACCCUAGUAAAGUUCAUAUACAACCGUGUACAAGAAGUUAAGCAGCAUUUUGAGUGCUGUGCCUGGGUUAAUGUAUCUGAAGAGUUCCAAGAGCGAGAUGUAUUAAUCAGUAUAUUGAGACAAAUUAGUGAGGUCACAGAAGAAGAAACUCUGUCUCUGGAGGCAUUGCGAAUCAGAGUUAAAUAUUUCUUAAGCCGAAGGACUUACUUAAUUGUGUUGGACGAUAUCCAUUCGCGUGAUGCUUGGGAAAUACUUAAAUUCGUGUUUUCAACUUCAGUAAUGGGUAGCAGAGUGAUUCUUACAAUGCGCAGCAUUGAAGUUGCACGCAGCCUUACUCCAUGGAUCUCACUUUUCCAGAUUCGCCCUCUCAACCCACAAGAGAGUUGGCAACUCUUCCUACAAAAAUUACGAAGACCAGCGAAUGGUUCAGAAUUGAAAAGCCUGCAGGAACUGAUUGUGCGCAAAUGUGCUGGAUUACCUCUCGCAGUAGUUACUCUUGGUGGUCUGCUGUCUACCAAACCUUAUGCUGAAUGGUCAAAGGUAAUUGAGAGUGAUACUUUUAAGUCCAGCUCCUUGAAUAUCUUGGCUAUGAGCUAUCAAGACCUACCUUCGCCAGUAAAAUCUUGUCUACUUUAUUCAGGAUUAUUUCCCAAAUCACAUGAAAUCCCUAUACGAAGAUUGUUACUGUUAUGGCUUGCAGAGGGACUGGCAAUAUCGUCUCAUGGUGGAAGCAUCGUCCCUGAAGAUUUGGUGGAGACACACUUCGAAGAACUUGUCAUAAGAAACAUGAUUGUGGUGGAAAAAUGGAGGUUGGAUGGAAGCCCGAAAACGUGCAAGGUGCAGGCUGCUCUGUAUGAUACCAUCCUUCCUACUGCUACAGAUAUGGGAUUCUUUCAUGUUCACCGCAACUAUGAUUAUAAAGACAAACCACCGUUUAACGUCCGGCGAAUUGCUGAAUAUUUAGACAUCAACUGCUACCCUUCAGAUCCUUCUCACAUUGGAUAUUUACGGUCAUACAUAUCUUUCAACACCCGCAAAGGAGACACACCUGCAGACCAAGUUGAUAACCUUCUUAAGAAGAUCUCUAAGAGAGGGUUUGGAUUGCUUACUGUUCUUGAUUUGGAAUAUGUUUAUAAACCUGUGUUAUCGGAGGCACUGGGAAAACUACUUCACCUAAGGUACCUAGGUCUGAGAUGGACUUUUCUGGAUUGGAUACCUGAGUCCAUUGGAAAACUACCUUGCUUGGAGACUUUAGAUGUGAAGCACACAAAUAUUCCAGCUUUGCCUAUCUCCAUCUGGAAGGCAAAGAAGCUUCGGCAUCUGUAUAUGAACGAUAUUCAUUUCGGUAUGUCUUUUCAAAAGCAAGGGAUCAAGGUAUCUUUAACCAACCUUCAAACGCUAUGGGGGCUUUUAGUAGGAAAGAGCUGCUCAGUGAUCAACUGGUUGCAGCAACUGACCAAUCUGAGGAAACUGGGCUUGACUUGCCUCGACUCAUCAGUUCAGAAAAUAAUUAAUUGGAUUCCUGAACUGAAAAGAGAAUCUAGAGUCAUUGAGGUUGAGGUCAAUAAACGAGUUCAAUGAACCUUCAGACCUCGAUUUGGGGACAAUGAAGCAGCACAAGAAGCUCAGUGAAUUACAUUUAUUUGGAAGGCUAGUGACUUUUGAUAUGCAUGAACUCCCCCCAAAUCUGACAAUGCUUACUUUGUCAGUGUCACAGCUGGAACAAGAUCCAAUGCCAAUUCUGGGGAAGUUGCCUCGCCUGAGCAUCCUCAGGCUUUUUGCUAAUUCAUACUUGGGAAAACAAAUGAACAGUCCCCGCAAUGGAUUUCCUGAACUCCGAGUCCUGAAACUAUGGAUGCUAGAAGAGCUAGAGGAGUGGACAGUGGAGGAAGGAUCCAUGCGUGAACUUCAAA